AUGUCAGGACCUUUCCAACGAGUUCCCCCUGCCCCAACGCCCCCUCUAAAAGGCUCAUUUCCACUGGAUCACGACAGUCAGUGUCGUGGGGAGAUGUAUGAGUACAUGAGAUGCCUGAAUUCACAAAAAUCAAUGGGAGCGGAAUGUAAACCCUUGGCCAAGCUCUAUCUCCAAUGCCGAAUGGACAAGGGUCUCAUGGAAUCGGACGAAUGGAGCCGAUUGGGAUUCAAAGAAGACGAUUUGAAGAGAGCGGAUGAAUUGAGCAAGAAGCCCUGA